UUCUCAAGAUAUCAAAUAGCUUCCAAGUUUCUUAUCAGUUCUGAUACAUUGUGUCGGCUGCCUGUAGUGGUCUUAUAAGGGUGUGUUUUUAUUAGAUUGUCCUUUUUUCUCUACAUAUUUUUCAUUGAAAAAUGCUGCGUGUGAGAUCUGCAUUCUGUCAGUCUUGGAGGGGGUACGUAAUUUUACAUGAACAUACACGAGACCAACUCACCUUAGCUUUGACUUUUCGUAACCAAGCUAAUGCAAUUUGCAUUAUUUUGGAAGCUGAUAGUGUAUUUAUGAUUGUUGCUCUACCUAACUGUUUUUUUGCCACACUGUAGUUAGAACUGUGCAAGUAGAACAACAACAAUAAUAAGCUGCUGCAAUGCUAAAUGUGUUAAGUCAUGAUUUUCCCUGCCAGCCACCUUUCCCUGCCAGCCACCAGACCCUUUCAAUGUGAAGGGCAAGCUAAAUAAGUUUAAAUAAGUAAUUUAUGAUUUAGUCUUAUGAUUACCAUGAUUCCAAGCCGCAUGCGUAAAGUUAACAGUUCAUAGAAAUACUAUUCACUCAACAAUCAGCAAGUGAAUGAUUCACCCUGGGCAGAUAGAGAUAGAAAGAGCACUCAUCUUUUUAUCUGUUCUAUUAUAGCGUAUGUGACAUUUACAUAAUUUAGCAGACGCUCUUAUCCAGAGCGACUUACAAAUUGGUGCAUUCAAUUUAUGAUAGCCAGUGGGACAACCACUUAAAAAAAAUAAAAAUAAUUACCGGUAUGUACAGCAUGGGCAGUGCUAUGGAGGCUAUAUUACAUUUACAUUUUAGUCAUUUAGCAGACGUUCUUAUCCAGAGCGACUUACAGUUAGUGAGUGCAUACAUUUUUCAUACUAUAUCCUUUUUAAAGUAGUCAAUUUUCAUCUUCUUCAUUGGCUGAUUGCUCCACACCCAUAGGAAUCCCCACCCAGUUGACUACUUAAAAAUGGUGGAAGCCCUCCAUGCCAAUGUUCAUGCUAAAACGGUUAUAUCCAUAAUGAGUUCUCUAUCUAUCUUUAUGACUGGGCAUGACUUGGACUAAAAACCUGAAGUGGCACUGGCAACUGGUGUUAUGCAAGAAAUCAAAUGGACUGAAGACACCCAUAUGGGCAAGCCAGCUGCAUGAAUGUUUAUUUAUGCAGUUACCAUUGGUAAAACAUUUAUAGCGAAACCUUGAAUCUCUUUAGAGGUCUAUUGUCUUUUCUGUGGGGUGAGGAAGAUCAAUAAACACUAUGAAGGCUGUGUUGUACACCAGGUCACCCAUUGACAGAGAAGCAUCUGUGUAAAUGUGGGAAGGCAGUUGGCUAAUCAUAUUUAAUCGAUUCCAUGUGUCCGGGGAGUUGAGGGUCUUUUUUGAAUAUUUGAAUACGAGCCCCUGUCUGCCCAGUUAGACAAUCUGGCCUUCACUGACUAUUUAAACUAGAGUAGAUAAUCAUUUUUGAGGCAGAGCAUGCACAAUCACCAGAAGUUUAGCAGUGUUAUAACUUUUCCACAAAGAAAUUAGACACAGACAGCUGACACACAGAGAAUAGUGAAAUAUCAAAUAAGCAUGAAUUGCUUAUUGCAAUUGCUUGCUGAUGUUAGGUGUCUUGCUUUUUAGAGUUUUUACUUAUGCAAAAUGGUCUCAUCUUUUAUGCAUGACUCGCUUUAUCUAAGUCUUUAUGCUAUAAAAACUAGUCAUAAAAGAAUAACUGAUGUGAGAUAAGUUACUUAUUCCAGCUGACAGAAGACUGCAGCUUGCCCAAAUCUAGCAGUGAAGAGGCAGGACAGAACCAAUCUGAGAUGCACCUGUAUACGCAUCAAAAGACAGAGUUGAAUAUCGCACCAUGACCACAAUCUACAUGGCCAGUAAAGUCUUAUUCAGAUCAACAGCAUUUGGACUGAAUGGCAUUCAUUCUCUUCCAUAACCACGUUGUUAAGUUUCAUAUUAUUCAAAACAAAGCUGUAAAAGAGCAGGCUUAAAUACCUGCAGAAAAUGUUAUGGAGGGUGAAGUGAAUGAAUGGCUGGUAGGCAACCUCAGGUGUAAGGCUGUAACGCAUUGAUGAACAAAUGCUUCACUUUGCACCAUGAGGAUGAGACAGUCUCAGAUUUUGGGAUAUAAUGUAUGUGGGGGAUAUCUGCUGCUGCAUGUCUGUCUGUCUUCACUUAGUGUGCAUUGGUCUAUCCUAACAUGUGUGUCUCUGUGUGCAGGUUCAGGACCUUCCCCUGUGCAGCUGUUGAGGUGAAGAAUGAGCCCAUCCUGGGAUUCAAUGAGGGCAGUGCAGAGAGGGCCAAUCUGCAGAAGGUACAUACACACACACACACAAUCAUACACAGCACACACUCUCAAGCAAACAUAACCACCACAUGCACCAUUCCAUAUGCCCUUCUUGACCUACAACAAGGUAAUCUCUAUAAAAGAUGAGACUCAAUAAUGUUGUGUGUGUGAUAGGCCCUGGAUGACCUGAAUGGGAAGACUGAGGAGAUUCCCUGUGUGGUUGGAGACGAACGUGUGUGGACCAAAGACAUCAGAUACCAGCUAUCGGUGAGUGGAGUCAACAGCAUGUCCCUAAUCUGAGCAAACUAUUGCUCCAUGCUGCCUGCAAAUAUGGGAGCCUGGAGACUGAAGCUCUCACUUUUACCCUCACACUGCUGCUCAGAUACACAGCAUAUGGCCUAAUCCAAAUGGAAACUUUCAAGGCCUGUCAAGUUCAACUGUAAAUGACUGUAAUAACAUUGUGUUAUCAGCCGGUUUCUAAUAACAUCCAUCAUAAAUCAACAUGCUACAGUUGAAGUCAGAAGUUUACAUACACUUAGGUUGGAGUCAUUAAUACCAGUUUUUCAACCACUCCACACAUUUCUUGUUAACAAACUAUAGUUUUGGCAAGUCGGUUAGGACAUCUACUUUGUGCAUGACACAAGUAAUUUUUCCAACAAUUGUUUACAGACAGAAUAUUUCACUUAUAAUUCACUGUAUCACAAUUCCAGUGGGUCAGAAGUUUACAUACACUAAGUUGACUGUGCCUUUAAACAGCUUGGAAAAUUCCAGAAAAUGAUGUCAUGGCUUUAGAAGCUUCUGAUAGGCUAAUUGACAUCAUUUGAGUCAAUUAGAGGUGUACCUGUGGAUGUAUUUCAAGGCCUACCUUCAAACUCAGUGCCCCAUUGCUUGACAUCAUGGGGAAAUCAAAAUAAAUCAGCCAAGACCUCAGAAAAAAAUGUGUAGACCUCCACAAGUCUGGUUCAUCUUUGGGAGCAAUUUCCAAACGCCUGAAGGUACCACGAUCAUCUGUACAAAUAAUAGUACGCAAGUAUAAACACCAUGAGACCACGCAGCAGUCAUACCGCUCAGGAAGGAGACGCGUUCUGUCUCCUAGAGAUGAACAUACUUUGGUGCGAAAAGUGCAAAUCAAUCCCAGAACAACAGCAAAGGACCUUGUGAAGAUGCUGGAGGUAACAGGUACAAAAGUAUCUAUAUCCACAGUAAAAUGAGUCCUAUAUCGACAUAACCUGAGAGGCCACUCAGCAAGGAAGAAGCCACUGCUCCAAAACCGCCAUAAGAAAGCCAGACUACGGUUUCCGACUGCACAUGGGGACAAAGAUCGUACUUUUUGGAGAAAUGUCCUCUGGUCUGAUGAAACAGAAAUAUAACUGUUUGGCCAUAAUGACCAUCAUUAUGUUUGGAGGAAAAAGGGGGGAGGGCUUGCAAAACGAAGAACACCAUCCCAACUGUGAAGCACAGGGGUGGCAGCAUCAUGCUGUGGGGGUGCUUUGCUGCAGGAGGGACUGGUGCACUUCACAAAAUAGAUGGCAUCAUGAGGCAGGAAAAUUAUGUGGAUAUAUUGAAGCAACAUCUCAAGACAUCAGUCAGGAAGUUAAAGCUUGGUCGCAAAUGGGUCUUCGAAAUGGACAAUGACCCCAAGCAUACUUCCAAAGUUGUGGCAAAAUGGCUUAAGGGGACAACAAAGUCAAGGUAUUAGAGUGGCCAUCACAAAGCCCUGACCGCGUUUGCAACGCCAGGGUUGUGGGUUCGAUUCCCACGGGGGGCCAGUAUGAAAAAAAUAUAUUAAAAAAAAUAAUGAAUGCACUCACUAACUGUAAGUUGCUCUGGAUAAGAGCGUCUGCUAAAUGACUAAAAUGUAAAUGUAAUGCUAAAUGAGUCAAAUGUAAAUUUUGACCGACCAAUACCACACUGUCUUUAAAUGUUAUUUCUUGAAAGUAAUAUUUCCUAUUAAUUAAUAUAAUUCUUUAUUUUCUUUUUGAAAGCCCUUCAACCACUCACACAAACUGGCCAAGUUUUGCUAUGCUGACAAGGUAAACUAAGAGUACAAUUCUUUUGUUUUUAAUGUAUCAGACAUUCACCAAGAUUUACAUAACCUGACUGGAUGGUGUUGCCUCUGUAUGAUUGAUACAGGACCUGCUCAACAAGGCUAUCUUGGCCUCUGUGGCGGCGCGGAGGGAAUGGGACCUGAAACCCAUCCAGGACCGAGCCCAGGUCCUCUUUAAGGCUGCUGACAUCAUCAGUGGACCUAAGAGAGCUGAGAUUCUGGCCAAGACCAUGAUAGGCCAGGUACAGUGAAGUACUAUAUUUAGUCUAGAUGUUGUUUUAAUAAUCCUAUGAUUGUAUGGCUGAAUAUCAAGUGGAUCUCCUCUCAGUUCUCUAUUUCAUGUGAUAUUCAUCCCAUAAGCUCUCUAUUUCAUUUUUUUUAGUUAUUAUUUGACUGGGGGAACAAUCUCAUUUACAACAACGACCUGGGGAAUAGUUACAGGGGAGAGGAGGGUGGAUGAAUGAGCCAAUUGAUCGAGCCAAUUUUUCCUGCUUUGUUUUCUAGGGCAAAACAGUGGUGCAGGCAGAGAUUGAUGCAGCUGCAGAGCUAAUAGACUUCUUCCGGUUCAAUGCGAAGCACGCUGUUGAACUGGAGAGCCACCAGCCCCUGGACAGUGAUGGUAGCACCAACACCAUGCUCUACCGUGGGCUGGAGGUGAGCACUCCCUGGUCCUAGCAUCAUCUAAACUUGGUAAUAGUCACAGAUAAAAGCCUGUAUACUUGGGUAUAUGUUAGGAAUUGUUUUUGUCAACACUUUUAUUUCCCCUUUAACUAUAGGGUUUUGUAGCUGCUGUUGCCCCGUUUAACUUCACUGCAAUUGGUGGAAACCUGGCAGGUACUCCUGCUCUCAUGGUAAGUGUUCCCCUACUAACAACAAUAUCCAAAUGUCCUUAUAGUUCUAAUUUAUUUCACAUUUAGAUCCUGAUGUGUGUUGUUGGUUAUAGUCUGAACUGGACUUUCUUUGUUUUGCCCCGUCUGUGAUUGUCAGGGUAAUGUAGUUCUGUGGAAGCCUAGUGACACAGCCAUGUCAGCUAGCUACGCCGUCUACAAUGUCCUCCGGGAGUCAGGGUUGCCCCCCAACAUCAUCCAGUUUGUGCCAGCCGAUGGACCAGUGUUUGGAGACACCGUCACCUCCUCUGAACACCUUGCUGGCAUCAAUUUCACUGGCAGUGUCCCGUAUGUGUUUAUCUCUAUAUGUUUAAGCAUACCUAAAACUGAUUGCCACUUUUGGUACAUAAUACCAAAUCUGUACCACAUUGUUUUUAAUAACUUCAAUGGAAGUUAACAACCCUGGAGUCUCUUAACAACCCAUUUCUGUUUCAGGACCUUCAAGCGCCUGUGGAAACAGGUGGCCCAGAACCUGGAUAUCUACAAGAACUUUCCUCGGGUGGCAGGAGGUGGGUUGGACCAACAGCCUGUACACCAUAGAGAUAAAAAUAUAUAUUGUACACCACCACACUGUCAAGUUAUUAAACGUAUUGAAUAUUAAACAAGAUAAUAUUGACCAUACUCAUCGUAUAUCUAUACUCCACUCCAUAUUUAUUUAGACAGUGAAGCUCAAAUUUGUACAUUUGGCUCUAUACUCCAGCAUUUUGGAUUUGAGAUCAAAUGUUUCAUUAGGCGACAGCACAGAAUGUCACCUUUUUUAUUUGAGGGUAUUUUUAUACAUAUCGGUUUUACCGUUUCUAAAUGAUAUCUGUUUUACCGUUUCUACACUUUAUGUAUCUUGUCCCCCCAUUUGAAUAAGUUAUUUUAUUCCAUAAGUAUUUGGACAAAUUCACAUAUAGUGUAUUAAAGUAGUCAAAAGUUUGGUCCCAUAUUCCUAGCACGCAAUGACUACAUCAAGCUUGUGACUCUAGAAACUUGUUGGAUGCAUUUGCAGUUUGUUUUGGUUGUGUUUCAGAUUAUGUUUUGCCAAUAGGAACUAAAUGGUGAAAAAUGUAUUGUGUCAUUUUGGAGUCACUUUUAUUGUAAAUAAGAAUAUAAUAUGUUUCUGAACACUUCUACAUUAAUGUGGAUUCUACCAUGGAUAAUCAUGAAUGAAUCGUGAUUGAGAAAGUUACAGAGGAACUAAGAUCAUACCCCCCCAAAAAUGCUAACCUCCCCUGUUAUUGGUAAUGAUGAGAGGGGGGGUGAUCUUUGUUCCUCUGUAAUUUUCUCACUCAUCAUUAUUCACUAUUCAUUCAUGAUUAACCAUAAUUUUUUAUUAUAAAAGUUACUCCAAAAUGACACACUACAUUAUUCACCAUUCAGUUGUAUUGGGCAAAACAUAAUUCGAAAAACAACCAAAACAAACUGCAAAUGCAUCCAACAAGUUUAUGGAGUCACAAGCUUGAUGUAGUCAUUGUGUGCUAAAAAAUAUGGACCAAAUACUAAACUUUUGAGUACUUUAAUACAUUAUAAGUAUUUAUGAAACAAAUUACGUAUUCAAAUGGGGGGACUAGAAACAUAAAGCGCUUUCAUUUUUAAAUGGUAGGACAGAUACUGUAUGUUUGAAAAUACCUUCAAAUAAAAGGUGACAUUCAGUACUGUUGCCUCAUUCAAAACAUUUGAUCUGAAAUCCAAAAUGCUGGAGAAUAGAGCCACAUUUACUCAUUUUAGCUUCACUGUCCAAAUAAAGAGUGUAUAUCACUCUUUGAAAACUGCCUCACCGACGUCCUCCUCUGCCAUACCUUUCAGAAUGCGGUGGUAAGAACUUCCACUUUGUGCACAAGUCAGCAGAUGUGCAGAGUGUCGUGACAGGUACCAUCCGCUCAGCGUUUGAGUAUGGAGGGCAGAAGUGCUCGGCCUGCUCCAGGAUGUAUGUACCUGACUCUCUGUGGCCCCAGAUCAAACAGGGGCUCCUGGACAUCCACAAGCAGCUCAAAGUGGGAGACGUGAGUGGACAACUGACCUUAGCUUCUAGGACUGAUGGAUUCAUCAGUCACUUUGGCACUAGGGUUAUUUUGGUGGGAAUACUUACAGCCAGUUGACUUGUGCUCCAAUAGGAGAUAUUUGAAAGCGUUGAAGUUUAUACUGUAAGUGUUAAUUUGAUGUCAGGUUGUUGUAACUCUCUCCAUGAUUCCCCUGUCCAGCCCGUGGAGGACUGGAGUACAUUCUUCUCUGCUGUGAUUGAUGACAAGGUACAGUACUGUGAGAUUUGCCACACUGGAUGCUUGAUCAGAACCAGCUAUAUUACUUCUGAUCAAUAGUUAUUUUAUUUUCAAGAUUAUUUUACAUUUGAUGACUAUUUUUAUAUAUUAUUUAUUUUUGUCUCAGUCCUUUGCUCGCAUUAAGAAGUGGUUGGACCAUGCCAAGUCUUCCCCUAAGUUAAACAUAAUUGCUGGGGGCCACUGUGAUGACAAGAAGGGUUACUUUGUGGAGCCCACCAUCAUUGAGAGCACAGACCCACAGGAAGCCAUCAUGGCGGAGGUAAGACUCGAUAUUCUUGAUAAGUAGUUAUGUAGUUAUUGUAGAUCACCUCUUUACUCACCACUGUUAGCCUAUGGAACUUCAUACUGUGAUUCCAGUUUAAAGAUCUUAGAAUAAAGAUCUGCGAACCAUGUGUGUUCUCACUUUAAACCAACCUGCAAGAGUUAUACCAGACAUGCAUACAUGUCAUAAUCACAUGAGACAUAGUCAGUUGGGUCUGAAUUGCUGAAACUGACUGACUUUAUUCUAGCCUGUUAGAUAUGGUUGUUUUAUGGAGAAAAUAAGCAGGAUUAUUUUAUCCGUUUUAACUGAGAUGCCUGCGAUCAGGCUCAGGGCCAAGUGCUUAGAUUACCCAUAUAAACAUGUAUAAAGUGAUGUAUGGAAUGGACACCAUGUUUGUUUAACUAAAGCCAUGCUUCACAGACUGUGAACCCCAAGGCAUUUUUAACUCAAAAAGUUCUAGUAAGUUGAACUCAGUCAAUGAAAAGUCAUUAUUAGUUCAAAUGUUUGUGGUACUGACUCAAAACUAAAUGAGUUAUCACAUCAACUCAAUUUUUUAAGUGAAUGAUAACAAAUGAACUUUUUUCCCAGCAUGCUCUACUGCAGGUUGAUAAAACAAAUAAAAAUAAUAAUCUGUUUUUUUGCAUGUACAUUGAGUGAUUGAUUGAUUUAAUCUUAUGCUACACAAAGAUAAAUAACUAAACUGAUCCAAUCAUUUAGUUCGAUUUUUUGCACCCGUUACUGAAAUGGUUGUUCCGGUUUAAAUGGUUUAGGUAGUCUCCUAAACUGUUCCUAACCCUGGCAGUCACUAUGAAUGCAGGAUGCAGGUGAAUAAACAUUUCAACUGUUGGAUAUCCUAACUCUGGCUGGAUUCCAAUAGGAAUGACACAUAACUUUGGAUGGCAACAUAAUGUGACUUGCAGUUAGGGUUUCAAAAUUCUGGUAAAUUUCCCAGGUUUUCCAGAAAUCCGGGUUGGAAGAUUCCUGGAUAUCCUUCAACCAGGAUCUUUUUUAAAUCUGGGAAUUUGGGGAAAGUUACUGGAAUUUUGCACCACACUUUCAGGCCUGAUGUGGCCUGUAAACCAUGAGUUUCAGGCCACUGAGUAAGGGUAAAGCUAGGCCUCAAAAUAAAGCCUUAUGAGAUAUGUAAUGUAUUGUCAUAAGGAGUGAAUUAUGAUGAUAAUAUUCACCUAGGAACUCACUUGGUGUAGGCCACAGGACAGAAAAUGAACGAAUUCAAUAACCAUGUCUCUGUCAUGGGUGGUAACUUUACAAUUCACUCGAAAAAGCAAAGCACACUGGGAAAUUAUAUAGGAGGCGUGUUCAAGCUGAUACAGCUACAUUCUGGACCCCCUACAGGUUCACAGUGACUAUCGGUUUGAGAAAUGACUACAAAAUCACUAUAAGUAACUGUACUCAUAUAUUAAGUGCAACAGGUUUCCUCAAAGGUUUUUAGUAAUGACAGCACAUUGGGGUUUACAGUGCACUCUGCUUCACAAAUGGGGGGUCAGUCCUCCUUAAUUGAGAUCAGCUCAGUUAAUAUGGAACUUUAUAACAACUCUGUUAUAACUCUGUUCUGGAUGAACUCCUGUAGGAAAUCUUUGGGCCAGUUCUGUCUGUCUAUGUUUACCCUGAGAACGACUACCUGGAAGUUCUGCACCUGAUAGACAACACAUCACCAUAUGCCCUGACAGGAGCUGUCUUUGCUCUCGAUAAGUAAGUUAGAUUCCUUCAGCUGGUUUGCUAUGGAGUGUCAGUAUUGAUGUGAAAAGAAAGAAAGAACGUAAUACAGUUUUACAUACGUACAAAUAUUAUGAAUCCAAAGCCUACUUUGAUCAGCUCAUUGAUAAUAGAUGUUGCUUUGCACUGAAAGAGUGACAUUAGUCCAACAAAAAAAACUCCUAACCCGUUAGUAAUGUUUUUGUUCUAGGAAUGUUGUGGAUGAGGCAGCCAAGGCCUUGCGGAAUGCUGCAGGAAAUUACUACGUGAACGAUAAAUCCACUGGCUCUAUUGUCGCCCAGCAACCAUUUGGUGGCGCCAGAGCUUCAGGUAAGAUGGCCCACACACCAAUCCACAGCUCAUUGUUAUGCAUAUGACUGCCAACAGUUCUAUAAAUCAGGACUUCUCAUUACUCCUGGUUUGCUCUUUAUGUCUGACAUGGACACUUCUGUCAAAUGGGUACAUAAUCUUUAUUGAUAUGAAUCAAACAAUAAUACCUAAAACAUGAACUUUUGUCUACAAAGGUACUAAUGACAAACCUGGUGGUCCUCACUACGUACUGCGAUGGACGUCCCCACAGGUGGUCAAGGCCACCCAUGUCCCGCUCCGAGAAUGGAAGUACCCCUAUAUGGGUUAAAAAGACAGUACUGUACCCCUCCUCACCUACCUAGGCCUCCUUCAUCCAAUCCUAGUUAUGUAGAGGAAUCUGUAGGCUUUUUCUCCGCUCCCGCUCGCCAGACGGACAAUGAAAUGAAGAGAAAAAUCCUCUCCUUACUCGUCAAACUUUUGUCCCUUUUUGCCCUUAUAAGUAUGCACUGAAUCUAUACCCGAGUACGAAUGUAAUUAUUAGCUGUUCUAAAUUGAAAAGGGGGCGCAACAUGAGAUCAGCAGGAGCUGCAGCUGACCCAGUCAAGCUGCCUGCUAGCUGUACAGAAGAAUGGCACUAUGAAAACGUCCCAUGGAUCCACAGACAUAGUAAAACUGUGUGGUCUACCAUUGAUUCCACAGACAUGUAAUAAUCAAUCAUCUGUUUGUAAUCAAAUGGCUGCUAUGUGCUUCUGAGCCUCUGUUUGACGAUCUCAGUACUGACUGGUCCUGAGGUGUAGGCUACUCACUGUUAAGUUGUCUCCACCUGUCCUAUCCUGAGGAAAGUAUUCAAAGAGUUGUUAAGCAUCAUAGACUUUUUGAGAGGAAUAUUUGUUUUUUUAAAUACAAAACUGACUAUGUAUUAUAAGAAUUAACUGACCGUCUAUCAUCUUAACAUCCUUUGACAAAAACAGUAAGCCUGAGUUUCGACCAUGAAUAUUUCAUGACAGCUAAAGUUCAAGUAUCAAAAUGCAAUGUUUAUAAUUGUAAGCAUUCGUGAUGGCAAAAAGAGGGAAGAAUGGUUAUCUACCGUUUUUGGUGCUAAAAAUGUCCUUACUAACAGUCCUUAACCUAUACUCAGUUCCUAGCUGUGUUAUGAUUUAUUUGCUGUAUUGUCACACUGGUACUCAGCCUCCUGACUGUCUCUGAUAGGAAAGGUGAUGUACUUGACUUGUUACACUUGAGCUAUGGCU